CUUCCUCGGCGGGCGCAGGCGGCGGCGGCGGCGGCCCGGGGGGAGCCCCUGCUCGGCGCUCGGGUCCCGUUUCCCUGUGCGCGGCGGCCGGCGGGACCACAAGGGCUUAGCUCAAAUCUUUAACCCCCCUCCGAAAAGGUUUGAAAGUAUUCUUGAAGGGCUGUUUGGACCUGCAUUAUUAAAAGAUCUCAGUUUAUUUAAAGACUGUGAACCUGAAAGCAUUUCUGAUUGGACUUUUGAUGAAAAUUGUCUGUUUUGUUGCUUGAGAAGAGAUAAAGUAAAGGGACACUUAGUCGGUCUGGAUGAACCAGCUUCGGGAGCUGGGCAAGAAGCUCUGCUUAAACAAGAGCAAGCAAAAAUCAUUCGAUUCGAGAGACAAGCAGAAGAGUUCCUCAAUGCAGUCUUUUAUAGAAAAGACAGUCCCUGGGUCUCCGACCCCAAUAUUCCCCUAGUGGCCCGUGAGAUCAUGCAGCGAAUGAUCCAACAAUUUGCUGCUGAAUAUACCUCAAAAAAUAGCUCUACUCAGGACCCCAGCCAGCCCAAUAGCACAAAGAACCAAAGCCUGCCGAAAGCAUCUCCAGUCACCACCUCUCCCACGGCUGCAACUACUCAGAACCCUGUGCUCAGCAAACUUCUCAUGGCUGACCAAGACUCACCUCUGGACCUUACUGUCAAAAAGUCUCAGUCAGAACCUAGCGAACAAGACGGUGUACUUGAUCUUUCCACUAAGAAAAGUCCAUGUGCUGGUAGCACUUCCCUGAGCCAUUCUCCAGGUUGCUCCAGUACUCAAGGGAACGGUGAGAACUCAACAGAAGCACUAGCAGUAGAUUCUAACAAUCAGUCGAAGUCCCCUUUGGAGAAGUUUAUGGUCAAGUUGUGUACUCAUCAUCAGAAGCAGUUCAUUCGUGUUCUGAGUGAUCUGUACACCGAAUCUCAGCCUGCCUCUGAGGACCUGCAGCAGUUUGAUUCCGGAGCAAUGGAUGCAUCCACCUGUGAUGCUGGCUGUGCCCAGCGAGGUACCAAACAUCAGGAAAAGGAUGCCGUGUGUCUUGAUGUGAAGUCUCUUACUCCUGUAGAUUUGUUCAUAGACUCAUCAGGUUCUCACGACUCUCUUCAUUUGACAGAACAAGCCCUGAAGGAGCCUCCCCAUGAGACAAACUCUAUAGAUGUAAGAGAGAAUGCCUUGACUUUGGUCCAGAACAAUUCUUCUGAAAUUCCAACCACUAAACCCAGUUCUGGGAGUUCAGUGGAUAGUUCCACUUCAGGAUACUUCACUGCAUCUAAUUCUUCCUCACUCGAUUUCCAUUACAUCUCAAAGAGCUUGGAGGGGCAAACCACUGGACAGGAGGAAGAUACAAGUGUGAAAAUGUGUGAGGAUGGAAAAGACUGUGUACAGAGUUCAACAUUAGUAGAAAGUCUGAUGACAGUAAAAGUGGUAGCUGAAGAUAGUGAGGAGUGUAACAGCAAUAUUGUUUCUCAAAGAAAUGUAUUCAAAGCUUUAUCAGAAGAGGCUUGGGACUCAGGGUUUAUGGGAAAUUCACCUAGAACUGCUGACAAAGAGAACGCUUUGCAGUGUAGCUCAAAAACACCAUUGCACCAAGAAUUAGAGGCAAGUGAACAAGACGCAAGGCCAAAGCAAGAGAACCAUCUUCACUCACUGGGAAGAAAUAAAGUGGGUUACCAUUUACAUCCCAGUGACAGGGGCCAGUUUGAUCAUUCCAAAGAUGGUUGGUUAGCUCCCAGCCCCAUGUCAACUGUACACAAAGCAUCUAAUGGACAUGCACGAACCAAGAUAAUGUCAACCUCUCUUAAGACCGCUCGUAAAAGUAAAAGAGCAUCAGGGUUGAGGAUCAAUGACUAUGAUAAUCAGUGUGAUGUUGUUUAUAUCAGUCAGCCAAUAACAGAAUGCCAUUUUGAAAACCAGAGAUCAAUACUCUCCUCUAGGAAAACAGCCAGAAAGAGUACACGAGGUUACUUUUUCAAUGGUGAUUGUUGUGAGCUGCCAACUGUUCGCACACUGGCUAGAAAUUUAUACCCUCAAGAAAAAGCUAGCUCCUUGGAUCUGUCAUCAGAGACAGUGGCUACUCCCAAGCAGACACCUGUGAUGUCCUCCCCUAAAUCUAUAGCAGAGGUACAGCCACCCAGAGAAGAUAGUCCUGAAGAGUUUAGUAAAGAAAUAACCUCUCUCCUGGAAAGAAACUUAGAUGCUUCACCAGAAAAGGAUCCCCCAGAACCUGAGACUAGCCCCAUGAUGAAUGAUGCAAGUCUGAGCAACAUCUCUGAGUCAAAAGAAACUACCAGCAUGCUUUGUCCUCCCUCAGAUCUCCGUCCUGAAGAAGAUGUGUCAGAAGGUAGCACCACGAUUUCAGCUCCAACUUCAAGUGGGAUAUCUUUCUCUGAACAAGACCCACAGCCAGUAGAAUUGCUAGAAUCAGAGGAAGUGAAUGUGCCCCAAGAUUGUCACCUGGUUUCUUGUACUGAAAGCAUUGCUAAGGGAGGCAAUGAAGAUAUUGUUUCUGAGCCUCACAGUUCUCCUGUACCAGCCAACAGAGAGGAAAAUCUGUGCUCAGAUCAAAGUCCCCUAAUGGACUUUGAGCCUCCCCUAAGCCCAGAAAAGGCUGAGAAUCAUCAGAGCAUCAGGACUGAGACCAAGGCUGAAGACACUCAAGUGCUAGAUUCUGAUCCACUAUUGAAAGAAGACAUUGCACUGAAUAGUGAAAACCCUGAUGAGAUUGGGGAAGCUGAAGCACCAAGUAGUACAGGAGAACUAGAAGAGGGAAGUGAUAGAAAACAGACUUCAGAAAAUGGUGUAUAUGAUCAAAACAUUGAAUCACUUGAAGAGAAUUUAGACAAAAAGAAAAAAGGUAGAAAGUUCCUUGAAGCCUCUGAUAGAUGCCUGAGAAGUCAAAUUUCAGAUUCUUCAUCUGCUGAUAGGUGCCUAAACCAUCAAAUUUUAGAUUCUUCUUCAUCUUGUCCUGAAAUGAAAGCUUCUAAAACUUCUGGUGCAAAACAUUCUAAAAAAGACUGGUACUCUGGUGGUACAGUACUGGAGGAUUUUCUGACUGGUGGUUUCAGUACAAAAGAAGACACUGAAAAUCUCGAUAUUAAUGGGAAUCCCUCUGCAAAAGAUGCUGAGCAGAAUAGUGAGGGAGGUGGAGUCACCACCAGGCAGAGUUUGAAAAACUUGUUGGCAAAGGAAGUCCAAGAGGAUGAAGGAGAUACUUUCCCCAAUAGUGAUUUAUCAACCACAGAUAGCCAACUUUUGCCUGGAGAGAAACUUGAAAUUUAUGUUCCAUCUAUGUUGAGUGAGAAAAAUACUGAUGACCUCACAGAAAAUACUCCUUGUACUUUUCCAGAACAAUCAAAAGAGAGUCCAGGCUCUGUUCCUUCACUUCCUCUGGAAGAAGCUAUAACUGAGGUAGCUAGUACAAAUACCCAAAACAAAGAUGGUGAUGGGGAUGUGUCCGUUAGCACACCUGGGCUGUCAGAGAGUAGAAACAGUGAUGCUGUUGGACCACCAAAAUGUGUGCCAAGGCCUUCCAGACUGACCUCUUCAACCUACAACCUACGACAUACCCAUUCCCUGGACUCCUUUGAUACUACAAAAGCGAAAACAGAAAAGAACUCAGUACCAAAGGAAAACGAAACCUUGCAGCAUAGAGAUCUCUCAGAAGAGGAUGACAUAGACACACUGAUAACUGAACAACCAAAGUUUGUGGAAUGGUGUGCUGAGGAAGAGAGCCAGGAGCUUAUUGCCAACUUCAAUGCCCAAUAUAUGAAAGUUCAGAAGGGCUGGAUCCAGUUGGAGAAAGAAGCUCAGCCAACACCAAGAGCAAGGAACAGGUCAGAUAAACUGAAGGAGAUUUGGAAAAGCAAAAAACGCUCACGGAAAUGUAGGGGUUCUUUAGAAAUUCAAAAGUUUUCUCCUGUACAGAUGCUGUUUAUGACCAACUUUAAAUUAUCUAAUGUUUGUAAAUGGUUCCUAGAAACAACAGAAACCAGAUCUCUUGUCAUUGUGAAGAAACUCAACACUCGACUUCCAGGAGACAUCCCCCCUGUCAAACACUCUCUUCAGAAGUACUCUCCUUCCAACCUGUAUCCCAGUUCACUACAGGCUGAACGUUUGAAAAAACACUUAAAGAAAUUUCCUGGCGCUACUCCUGCUCGUAACAAUUGGAAAACACAAAAGCUCUGGGCUAAAUUUCGAGAGAAUCCUGACCAAGUGGAGCCAGAGGAUGUCAAUAACCUCAGCCCCAAUUCCGAAGAUAGCACAGUAGAAGCUAAAGAAGGUAGAAAUAGCCAUACUCCCACAAACUCGCCGACUCCGGCCAGUACCCGGAUCCUUAGAAAAUAUUCCAACAUUCGAGGAAAGCUCAGAGCCCAGCAGCGUUUGAUCAAGAAUGAGAAAAUGGAAAGCCCAUUUAGUCUGUCUUUGGAAAAUAAGCAGAAUUCAAAGAGUGUUUGCAUCAAUCCUCUGAUGUCCCCCAAACUUGCCCUGCAAGUGGAUGCAAAUGGAUUUCCCCUUAAGACCAAGAGUACUAAUGGAAUGAAGGGAAGGAAAGGGAAGCAGAUGUCUGAAAGCCUACCCAAAGCAGAAAAUCCAAAUAAACGCAAGAGAACAGAAAGCAGCAGCACUCAGGAUAAGAAGGACAAAGGACUGAUGGCAAAAACCAGCAGAGAGAAGCAUAUUGAUGCUGCCACCAAAUCCUCCACUUCCAGGAAGCCAGCGAGGGACAAAAUCAACCAACUGGCCCGAAAAACAUUUUUGAAAGAGAAUAAAGUGAAGAUCUCUAAAAGGUCCUCUGGGAAGAGCUGUCCUCCCUCCAGGAAAGAAAAAGAAAAUGCAAACAAAAAAUCUACCCAGCCUACCACCUUGGAAACAGUGACAAAACCUGCAAAGCAGAAAGGAGCAAGUGAAUCCUCAAAGCCACAGAAAGCCAGAAACAGGAAGCAGAACAGUGGAAAGACUCGGAGCCGCCUCCUGACAAAAACUGUUGAGACCAGUACAGCCCAGAGGAAGCGAAAGCUGAAGGCAAAGCCAGAUUCUUCCCAUGGCAAACGGAAACGACUGGAUGCAAAAUGAUUGGAAGGGUAGUAGCUAGGAAUCAAACUUUUAUAGAAGCAACCCUUUAUUUUGCAUUAACUAAAUCUGCUUUUAUAAGCUUCUCAAGCCUUUCAAAUCUACCGUUAGUGGAGAGCAUAGUUGAAGAUGUCAGAAAAUGCAGCUCAUAUGGAGAAGGGAACUUACAGAGUCUCUCUCUGAGACUAAGGGAAGUUAUAUAUUAUAUUCUUGUUCCUUGGGUUUUAAACUUGGAACUAAGCAGUUUUAGUUUUUGAAAGUACAGUGCCUUAUUUAUCCUUUUUGUUUUUAAAUUUACGAAAGCUAAAAAGCAGAUCUAUGUGAUUAAAGGCUUGUAUUUUAUACUUGAUGCACAAGCACUUGUACUGUAGCCGAGAAGACCACCAUUAUGCACAUAAAGUAGCUUUUGAGCAGCCACUCUACAGUGUCUGCCCAUCAGCAGAUGCUCCUCUUUGCAAACCCCAGCAGUGAACUUCCCUCUCUGUCCUGUUUGUUUAUAUAUUUGAAAGCUAAACCAAAUCUUUUUAUGACAUGUGGAGAAUGCAGAGGGAAUUUAUAAAAGAUGGAUAUUUUGUUACCCCUUUAAAAAUUUUCCUAAUAAUUGUGGCCACUCUUCACACCUUUGAAUUUUUAUCAUGUGAGAUUUGAUAUUCUAAAGUUUGUACCCUGGACUAAAGGUUUGUUGCAGAAUAUUAAUAUUAGUUUAUUAU